AUGUCUUCGGCUCUACCUCUCCUGAUCUUUGGUGCGCUGGGUCCCAUUAUCCGCCGGAAAUGUCCAGAAGGCUUCGUUCUGACGGAAUGGACGAGGCAGCGUUACGGAGCGGCCGCGGGUCUGUUUCUCAGCGUCUGCACACUCAUCACCAUGUUCUUGUACAUGGUGGCUGAACUGUCGGCACUACAACAGAUUGUCAACCUUUUGACCGGACUGAACGGCCUGCCGGUAGUCAUUGUGGAAUGUGCAGUUACUACCAUCUACACCUCACUCGGUGGCUUCAAAGUAUCCUUUGUAACGGACAACAUCCAAGGAGUAAUGGUCAUUGGCCUGAUCAUCAUGGGUAUCAUUGCCGUGGGCGUUGAAACGAAAAUUGAUCGUUCACUCAUCGACAAAUCCGGCUAUCUCGAAUCCAGUCUUCUUGGAUGGCAGCUCAUUUACAUCCUCCCUGUUGCAAUCCUGACUAACGACUUCUUCCUUUCUGGAUUUUGGAUGCGCACCUUUGCUGCUCGUACCGAUAAGGACCUUUGGAUCGGAGUCUCGCUUGCCAGCGUAGGAGUACUUAUCAUCCUGACCCUACUUGGUGUGGGUGGAAUGCUCGCUGCAUGGUCUGGCGCUUACACCAUUGGCGACGAAGCAAACGGUUCCCUGGCUUUCUUCCUCCUACUCGAAACACUACCUGCUUGGGUUGUUGGCGUGAUUUUAGUAAUGACAAUCUCCCUCUCUACUGCCGCAUUCGACUCGUUCCAGUCGGCCAUGAUCAGCACUGGAAGCAACGAUUUCUUCCGCAACAAGCUCAACAUCUGGAUUAUUCGUGCUUGCGUCGUGGCACUCAUCUUCCCUGUUGUUGUUGUUGCACUACGCAGCCCGGACAUUCUCCAAAUCUUCUUGAUCAGUGACCUUGUUAGCGCUGCAGUUGUUCCUUGUUUGGUCAUUGGCUUGAGCGAUAGGUUUUACUGGUACCGCGGGUUUGACUUUGUAGUGGGUGGGCUUGGUGGUGUCUUUACCAUCUUCUUGUUUGGACUUGUCUACUACGAUGGCGAUGCUACAAAGGCCGGGAAACUGUUGUUACUGGAAGGUGGAUUGUACGGAAAUGACUGGAGUGCUUUCGGCGCCUUCGUGGCCGCGCCCUUUGGAGGCCUUCUUUGGGCUUUCGGUGCUUGUGCUCUUCGCAUCAGCUUCUUGUGGAUCAGGGCUAGGGUUCAAGGCACGCGAUUCGACGCGUUUGAUCGCCCCAUUCCUCUGAACAACGACGAUCACGAUGGCGAUGCGGUGCUUGAGCAUAGCAGCGUUGAGACUGGUACCAAGGGAAGAUUCUUCUAGAACCUACAUCCAGAUUGAUAAAGACCUAAAAAGACAUGGUUCUAUGCGACGAGUAUUAGACUAUGAGGGGAUGAGGGGGGAGAAUAUAUUGGGUGGAGACAUACACGAAGCGGAAGGAUAAACUGCUAUCAAUUAAUCCUAAUACAUUCUUUCUACGU